CCGCGGCACUCUCUCUCUCUCUCGGUGGCUCUAGUCCAGCGCUGGAUAGCAUCGGCAUCCGGAAAUGAUGAAAACUGGAGUCUGGGGAGAAAAAAAGGAGAAGAAGGGGGUCCCUGUGAAAAGUGAAGAAGUGAGCUGGGAGUGUGAGUAUGGGAGCCGCGGCCACUCCUCCCCGGGCUGAUGCUGUCACAGCGGCGCGGCCGCUCCAGUAACUGAGUGGCGCCGCUCGGAGACCUCGCAACUUUAUAUUAAAUCCAAUAAAAAUCACCCUCGAGAAACACACACACGCACAAGGAACUGGAAUGGUUUCCAGGGCGGCUGCUUCAUGCUGCGGGCUCUAGUGUCUGAGCUCAGUGUUUAGCUGAUGUCCCAGGUGAAGGAGCCCACAGGGCCGGUAGGGCCACAACACGACCCUUGCACAGAAAACAACCUCUUGCUCCACACUGAUGACGCCAAUAAAGUUGAUGAGGAGAGAAAGGUUCCCAGGUGGGAGACGCCACCGCCAAGUAACUGGGCCGAGCAUCUGGAUGCUGCACAUCCGUCAACCCUGAUGAACAACACCACCGGCAACCUCAUCAGAACUCAGCCUCAACCCACCACAGGACUGGAACAGACUGAGGGAGAAACUGGCAAAUUGCAAAAUGGCCACACAAGCAUGAGUAAUGUAAAUGGAAUCCACAACAGCAUCACACAUGGGAUUUCGGACAACAAAAAGCUCUCUGCUGCAGUCUCUCAGAAAAUGCACAGAAAACUCCAGUCAAGCCUUUCAGUUACUAGUAAUACCAGCAAGAAAAGCAAAUUAAGUUCUACAAAUUCUCAGAAAGCACCAUCAGCACCAGAAGACGGUUGUGUACAUUGCAUUCUCGCCUGCCUAUUCUGCGAAUUUGUCACCUUUUGCAACAUUAUGCUGGGACAAGCUUCAUGCGGUAUCUGUACAUCUGAAAACACAUGCUGCUGCUGUGGACCAGAUGACUUUGGGGAUGACUGUAACUGCCCAUGUGACAUGGACUGUGGCAUAAUGGACGCCUGCUGUGAGUCCUCAGACUGCUUGGAAAUCUGUAUGGAAUGCUGUGGCAUUUGCUUUCCCUCGUAGCGUGAAUUUUAAAAACAAGGCUUUUUGAAAUAAAAACUGGAAAUAAUCGCUAUUCAUGAACACAAAGUACCAAUGUGCCUUGGUUAUUCUUAAUCAAAUGCAUUCAAGCUUUAGAAUUGGAAUUAAAAGCAAUUACUGUGGACAUUUACAUCAUCUCUGAACUAACGUGGACAAUCAAUUUGGCAAGUUUAUUUUUUAAAUGUACAGUAAAAUUCAGCAUUAAAGCUUGCAAAUUUAUUAGGCACAGAUGUUGCUAAUAAAUGUUAGAUGUUAUGUGUCCAUCAUUAAAUUAUGUACGGUUUAAAAACCAAAAGCAAUUCCUGCACGAACUUUUGUAUGUAUUAAUGUUGCGUAUUGUUGAAAUAAUUCGAUUACACACUUAAUGGGGUUUGCAAUCCAGGCUCGUAGCUUCCUGCCCUGAUUUUAGUCUUAAUUCAAAUUAGAGAAAUCAUUUCUGAUUCUACUAAAUUAUUAAUGAUAAUGCAUUCAUCUCAGUACGGUGUAUAAUCCUUGUGUUUAGUGCCUUGAUUUUUAAGAACAAAUUUAGCAAAAGCUUCCUUUUUGUUGUAUCAUACAACAGGAACAAUUGCUACAAGUCUUCAUCUCUAAUUAUUUUCCUGAAUUAAUUGUUUUAAAUUAUGUCUACUUAAGCAUACCUGCAUGGGGAAUUGGGAGGGUUUAUGAAUACACGCAUGUAUUUCAUUAAUUUAAGAUCUUAUGGGUUUUUUUCUGGAAACGUAUUGUGUAAAAUGGCAAUGAAUCAAAUAAAAUUGUAAAGCAAUACAA